CAGCGCGAGCGGCUCGCGGCGCUCAGCCAGUAUCCGCUGCUCCCGGCUCCGCUCGCCUCUCUCGCCCACCGGCCUCCUCCCGUCCGUCCGUCCGUCCGCCCCGUCGGGUCCACAGCCGGUCCAACCGCAGCCAUGGAAGCCAUCAAGAAGAAGAUGCAGAUGCUGAAGCUGGACAAGGAGAACGCCAUCGACCGAGCGGAGCAAGCCGAGGGCGACAAGAAACAGGCCGAGGACCGCUGCAAGCAGCUGGAGGAGGAGCAGCAGGGGCUGCAGAAGAAACUGAAGGGCACCGAAGAUGAGGUGGACAAGUACUCGGAGGCCGUCAAGGAAGCCCAGGAGAAGCUCGAGAUGGCAGAGAAGAAGGCGGCGGACGCCGAGUCUGAUGUGGCAUCUCUGAACCGCCGCAUCCAGCUGGUAGAAGAGGAGCUGGACCGAGCACAAGAGCGCCUGGCCACCGCGCUGCAGAAGCUGGAGGAGACAGAAAAGAUGGCCGAUGAGAGCGAGAGAGGCAUGAAGGUCAUUGAGAACCGAGCCAUGAAGGACGAGGAGAAGAUGGAGCUCCAGGAGAUGCAGCUGAAGGAAGCCAAGCACAUCGCUGAGGAGGCCGACCGGAAGUACGAGGAGGUUGCCCGUAAGCUGGUGAUCCUGGAAGGGGACCUGGAGCGCUCUGAGGAGAGGGCAGAGGUAGCCGAGAGUAAAUGUGGUGACCUUGAGGAAGAGCUGAAAAUUGUCACCAACAACCUCAAGUCCCUGGAGGCCCAGGCAGACAAGUAUUCCACCAAGGAAGAUAAAUAUGAGGAGGAGAUCAAGUUGCUGACGGACAAACUCAAGGAGGCUGAGACCCGGGCAGAGUUUGCUGAGAGGUCUGUGGCCAAGUUGGAGAAAACCAUUGAUGACUUGGAAGACGAAGUCUAUGCCCAGAAGAUGAAGUAUAAGGCCAUCAGCGAAGAGCUGGACAAUGCCCUGAAUGACAUCACCUCCCUCUGAGCACCACCAACGCUGCGUGCCUUUCCCUCCUGCCUGCCUCCCCCUCUCCCUGCCAGCCUGCCGGCCUGUCUCCCUCCCUCCCUGCCUCCCCCCACCCUCUCCGGGGUGCUCUGCCAGCUGCUCCCCUCCCCCUCCGCUUGCCCCCAAAGUGUCCCUUUGUGUGCGUGUUCGGUGGGCAAGAGGGAGGCCAUGUCUUCUCAAGGUCCGAGGGGAAGGGAGGGGGCUCCCCCCCUCACGUGAGGAGGGGGGCUUGUGUCAAUGCCAGAAGUGCCUUCAUGGGUGCAGCAGGGGGGAGGCAGGCUGUAGAGGCGCUUUGGGGGCGAGGCUGGUCAGGCAGCCCUGCCUGGGGCAGGAGGGGCGGGUGGGUGUGGGAGUGACGGCCCAGGUCGCCUCGAGGCCCUGCUGUGUCCCCCCCCCCCCCCGCCACUGCUGCUGUCAUUUGCUCUGCUUGCCUGUCCAUUCGUCUGUCCUUCCUUCCACGGUCCAUUUCAUGGUGCUGUUCUCAUCUUCUCCAGCUUUGGGGUCAAUAAACAGUCUCCGCAAGG